GCACGAGUAGAGGCGUGUCAUUGGCGAAAUCAGCUGUAGAAACAAAAACACACCAACGAACGCCCCAAAAUGAGAGCUUACCUAUAAAUAUCAGUAAUUUCAGGAAAAAGAGGCACCGUUGAGAGUGUGAGGGACAGAUGUAGCACACUUCACGGUUGAGCUUCUUCACUGCAUCCUGCAAACUUGUUUCAGGGGAUUUCUUUCAGCUCAGCAGAGAAAGCGAGUGUGAAGAUGCUGCCUUUGUGUCCGCCGUGAGUGACACGCCAGCGAGUUGAACACAAAAGAGUCGAGAGUUUUAUAGAGACGUCUCAGUCAUUUGAAGGUUUAAUCUGAUCUCCUGCACCCGGUUUAACGGGAGCCGGGAGGGAACCACGCGCAGACUGGCAUGUGGGUCAAUUCUGGAAGCGUCGGAAGGGCCCUCUCCAUGGAUAUAGACACAGAUUAUGAGCGACCUAAUGUGGAGACCAUAAAGUGUGUGGUGGUGGGUGAUAACGCGGUGGGCAAGACCCGGCUGAUUUGUGCCCGUGCCUGCAAUGCCACCCUUACUCAGUACCAGCUGCUUGCCACCCACGUGCCAACUGUCUGGGCCAUCGACCAAUACCGAGUGUGCCAGGAGGUGCUGGAGAGGUCCCGAGAUGUGGUGGAUGAGGUCAGUGUCUCCCUCAGGCUGUGGGACACAUUUGGAGAUCAUCACAAAGACAGACGCUUUGCAUAUGGCAGAUCUGAUGUGGUAGUCCUGUGCUUCUCUUUGGCCAAUCCAAACUCCCUGCGCCAUGUCCGCACCAUGUGGUUCCCUGAGAUUAAGCAUUUCUGCCCCCGCACCCCGAUCAUCCUGGUGGGCUGCCAGCUGGACCUGCGCUACGCUGAUCUGGAUGCUGUUAACCGGGCAAGGCGGCCUCUGGCCAAACCCAUCAAACCCACAGACAUCUUGCCCCCAGAGCGAGGCCACGAGGUUGCUAAAGAACUUGGCGUUCCAUACUAUGAAACAAGCAUUGUUGCUCAGUUUGGUGUGAAGGAUGUGUUUGACAACGCUAUCCGUGCUGCACUCAUCUCUCGGCGCCACCUUCAAUUCUGGAAGUCCCAUUUAAAGAAAGUGCAACGCCCCCUCCUCCAAGCCCCCUUCCUUCCCCCCAGACCGCCACGGCCUGUGGUGGGCAUCCCUGAUCCACCUCCCGCAGAUGGAGAAGCUCCUGAUUCUCUUUUCUGCCAGCCGCUGUGUGCAGAUGUCCUGUUUCUUCUCCAGGCCGGAACCACUCGCGUCUUCGCCCACAAGGUGUACCUUGCCACUUCCUGCUCAAAGUUCUACGAUCUGUUCACUAUGGACCUUGGAGCAGCGGGGAUGGAGAAUGAGCAUGAGGAAAGCUCUGAGGGGAGCGAGGAAGAGGAGCAGAGCCGAAGAGGAGCCAAAGAACAGGCUGGACGAACCAAGAGUCUGGACAUUGAAAAGGAGGGGGAUGGGGGCACUAGAGGGGCGAAUAGGUUGCUUAUGUUACAGCAGGGCUCACUGAGGACUUCACAGAGUGAUAACGCUCUGCCUGCCAAGGGUCAGUACUCUGCGGGAACCCUUGGAGCAGGCCGUGCCCUUUUAGGAUGGGGCCGUGGUUUCUUGGGAGUGUACCUGGAGAUGGUGGACGACCCUGUGACAGGUCGGCCGAGACUGAUGACAGUAGUGUCUAUGGAUGAUCUCAUUCAGAAAGGGCCUUUUCAGGCAGUGCUGCAGUACCUUUACACUGGUCAUCUGGAUGAGAGACGUGGGGACCUAAUGCAGGUGGCCACCAUUGCUGAGCUUCUGGAGGUCUUCGACCUGCGUAUGAUGGUGGCUAAUGUGCUGAACCGAGAGAGCUUCAUGAACCAGGAGAUCACCAAAGCCUUCCAUGUGCGUCGUGCCAACCGCAUCAAAGAGUGCCUGAGCAAGGGCACAUUUGCUGAUGUGGUGUUUCAAUUGGACGACGGAUAUCUGCCAGCCCACAAGCCUCUGCUCAUCUCAAGUUGUGACUGGAUGGCAGCCAUGUUUCGUGGAUCCUUCAUGGAGAGUUACAUUGAGGAGGUGUCUAUCCCCAACACCAGUUGUGCCUGCAUGAGAGCUGUUCUGGAGUUUCUCUACUGUGGUGUAUUGACACCGUCUUCUGAGCUGGAGCCAAUGGACCUCAUAAUUCUAGCCAACCGCCUCUGUCUUCCCCGCUUAGUAGCUCUAACAGAGCAACACGCCGUUGAGGAUCUGUUGCAGUUGUCCGUUAAAGGGUUGGACAUUGAUGGACAUGUGCUGGCCUAUCUGGAGAUGGCUCAGUUCCACAAUGCCAAACAGCUCUCUGCCUGGUGCCUGCAUCACAUCUGCACCAACUACAACAGUGUCUGUCGCAAAUUCCCUAAAGAUAUGAAGAUUAUGUCUCCUGAAAAUCAGAAACACUUUGAGAAGUAUCGUUGGCCUCCUGUCUGGUUCCUGAAGGAGGAAGACCGCUACCUCCGUUCCCAAAAAGAGCGAGAGCGUGAGGAAGAGAUCUUGCGCAAGCAGCACACCAAACGGGGCUGGUGCUUCUGGAGACACCCAUCCUCCUCAGCACCCCACAUCUCCUGAGGACCUGCUUCCAUCCAUCCAUACAAACCCCUCAUACUCCUAACUCUCAUCUCGGUCCAGAGGCAUGUAGCCAAGCCUGGGGAGCCCUGUUUCAGUUUCAGAGCGUUCGUCCCAAAUGCUGGGGCAUCUUUACCUGUGUCAAUUCAUGAGAGAAGGCUCUGAGUCUUGAAUCUUUCUCACUUUUAAUGGUUGGUGUUCUGCAACAGGUCUCGCCACAGCACCACACAGGGAACGCCAGCAUCGCAGUGACCUGCUUUCUCCUCUUAAGACUGUUAUUAUUAUACAAGACCACACACUCACACCAGCACCAUGUCUGAGCGCUGGCGCACGGGCACACAAUGCUGCACGGUGCUGCUGUGUUUCGCUUUUUUGUCUCUCUAAGACCUCCUACUUCUGGGAAAACCGUCAUGUUCUUUGUUUAUGAGCUGAAACAUAGCUUAGCUUUGAAUACAGCUAGCAACUAAAAUGGCGGCAGGGAUAUAUAACGUUUUUGUCAAAAUCAAGGGGUGAUAAUUGCCCCUGCCUACAUUCUCACAUAUAUAAAUCUCCAUUUUGGAUCUUCCAUUGCCCCGCAUUGGCUCUGAAAACCAAUUGUUUUGCCUACUGAAGAACUUUUUUUACUUCAUUUGUCUUGUUACUAACUUUUCUUCCUGUGGUAGAACAGAAAGAGCAUGUAGUCAGGUCUGUCACUCACUAAAAACUCUAGGACAGCACCAAAGACAGACAACUCAUUCAAACACAAACGCCUUACCAAAAUCUUUUGAAACAAAAACUUGACAGCAAGUAAACAAUGAAAUUAGGGCUAUUUGUACCACUGCCAGGACAGUAUAAACAGUCACAGCUGUUAUAUGACGUUCUGUUCAAUUGAGUUUUUUGAUAUGACCACUAAAGCAAGCUCCUCGACUUGCUUGCCUUUCACCUCCACCUCUAGGGGGCGCCCAUGCCUUCUGAGUAUACCCUGCUUUAGAAAUGAUUAGCUUCCUAUUUGUUUGUCAAUCCAGAUUCAGAUCUUCACAUCCUUGUGAAAUGCACUUGUUUUUGUAGCACUACUGCAAUCUUGGCUAUCAGUGAACCAAAAAGUAGGUUGUGAUGUUCCUUAUUCUUUUGCCCCACUCCCCUCUGUUAUUCCUGCUCUUCUACCUCUGUAGUUAGCUAAACUGAGGGAGAAGCUAGCGAUCUACUUCCUGUAGUGUUUGAUAAGCCUCACUUUACUCUUCCCACAUGCGGAUAAAAUCAGUGCUCAGGAUUAGAGUCCUUAAUGUCAUUGCGUCCAGCCACUCACGUAUUAUCUCCUUAAGGGGUGACCACACUAAACUUUGAGCGUGCAAUAUUUCUUUGGAUGCUGCACUAUUCAUGUUAUGCCAUCAUGCAAUCAGUCUUCUUUUUUAAAUGGAGACUUCCAAUAUUUAAAGUCUGCUUGAAAUCAAAAUUUGCCAUGUUUAUUUUGCUAGCGCACUUUGCCAUUCUUCAGGUGAACAAUUAAUAUAUGCGAGUUAAUCCACUGAUUUAUUUUCCUCCAACGAGUCAAAGCGAAUAAAAUCGUCCCUUCCUGAUUAACUGGCGAUAAAUAUCAACAGUAAAAGCAGAAUUUGCUGCGGUAGAAGAAGCUGCGUGAGUCUUUUCUUUGUUUAAUAAAUGAUUUGUGCCUCAGAAGGCAAUCUGACAUGCAGUAAAUGCGUGGUAGCAUUUGAAGGUGUGAGACGUGGAGCACAGACGCUCUUUAUUCUGGAGGUCAAUUAAUAAUAUAAUAAUAACAGUAAUACUGAAAUGAUCAAGGCAUUUUAGAAUGACCAAAACAGCAUUUCAGAUGUUUACAGUGUGCUCAGCCUGCUGGUUUAUCUAUUCGCAUAUAUUUUUAUCACCACAAGAUCUCUUAUAGCAAAAUUACAUGACCCUUUUAAUGCGCACUCUGGAGUUUGUUCGGUAAAAGUGUUUCCAUCGUAGUUUAUGUGCAUCUUUUCUUAUCGAAUAAAAAGUUUAUCCUAAUCAGUUAUGCUUUUUAUGCGCAUUUUUUUAAUUUAUGCACAUCUCCAAAGUAUGCAUUUAAAUAGGUGGAUGGAAACGUAGCUACUAAAGAAGGUCCAGAAUUUGUCCCAUACAUGAGCUCAUUUGUCCUAUUUUGACUGCUAUGCCAUCAUGGUGAACAUAACAUUUUGAAAAAUGCUCUAAGACCAAGCAGAAUCCUCUGUUAGCUAAUCAGUUUUGACAAUGCUAACAAUUAUUUUUCCAAUUAUUUUAUAAGUCCAACAUCCAUCUGUGCAAGAAAACAUACAAUCACAUAUAAGAGAUGUCUUCCUUUGCUACUGUAUUGUUUUUAAUCAGAGAAAACAUUUUACAAGUAACUUUUAUUCUGAAUCUUGGACCUUAUUCUUGAAGAAAAAUGACCAAUAAAAAGGUGUGAAGCCCCAAAAUGGACCAUAUUAAAAUUUAUUUGAAUACUAUUUUGGCUAAAGUAGUCAAAAAGUGUGGUUACCAUCGACAAGCUAAUUCAGAAUAGUGCUUGAAAUGUCACAAAAAUGCAGCAUUUAAAUUUCAUAAUUCAAUAGAGGUGUCUAAUUGCAAAAAGGUUCACUUUUCAGAAAAAAAGAACCAUUUCACCAGGCUGGCUACAGGUCUGCUGUGGUUGUCAGUUUGACACUUUAACAACAUUAUUUAUUACCACACACCUCAUACCAUUAGUUUGCUAAAAGUGAAUGAUGCACAAAAAGAAAGUCCCGCUUCCUACUCAAUAUUCAGUUUUAGUUGAAAGUACAUCAACAUAGUGAAACAAAGAUCUUAGCAACUGCCAGUUCAAACAGACUUUAAGAAAUAAUAAUUAGGCCAAUAUUGGAUAUAUUAGAUGUACUUCACUUUACUACAAUGCUACAGAUGUUCUUACAAUAUUGUUUAAAAACCUUCACGUGACCUAAACGCAUGAGCUUAUGCUUCUCCAGCAUUUGCAUGCUUAUGAAUGAAAGUGAAUGGACAGAAAAGUGCAGUGUGGUCGCCCCUUUACACAGGUUUACCUGUUUUGACAAUCCUAACAAAAUAUCCUGACUUAAGCUGUAAAUCAAUAUUAUCUUACUUUUGUGAUUGUUUCAGUUUCAAGCUUUAAGCUUUGUAGAAACAGGUUUUGCGGUUAAACUGACAGUCAUGUUCCUCUAGGUUUGUUUCCUUUUUUCAGACGUGCAUGUGCUGUGAAGCGUUGAUAGCACCCGUUUGCUAAAGUCAGUGUCGACUGCCUUCCAUCUAAAAAAACAAACAAAAAAAACAUGAGUGCCUAUGACCAUGUUACACUUUCCCUUCAACAUUCAAAUAUUUCUCGGUGAAGCAUGUUUGUUUUGCCUGUUUCGUGCCUUUUAACAAAAGUGUUAUUAAUAGCUGUUUUGAAGGUGAAUGAGAAAUCAGAGACAUGUUAAGUUUUCCUUGCCACCCUUUUUCUAUUUCUGGCUUUCUGGUUUUGCUUCCUCAAGGCUGCACCCUGCUUUUCGCACCAGACGAGCAGAAAUCAUCAACAGCUAUAAAAAUAGACAUGCAGAACCCAUGUGUUGAGACACACACACACAAAAAUAAAGAAAAUAGCAAGGAAGAGGGAAAACAGUGAAGACUUUUAUAGGUUCAUCUCAUUAGAGCGCUUUUUAGUAACAUCACUUGUGCAGUAUUUCUAGGGGCAGACAAUUACGGUGAAUGUUUAUAGAUGCCACACUAUGCCUAAAGGCUUAAUAAUUAGUAAAAUAAUGAAUGUAUGACCUUACUGUGCAUACGCAGACUGGCUCUGCGACGAAUUAUGUACGUAAUACCAGCUCUCCUGUCUGCCCCGUAAGGUAAAGAUCACACUAUAAGAGCAAUUUGAGACACUACAAACAUCAGCAAGCUUGCUGGGAUGGAAAGCGUUGUUGCCGUGGUGAUUUUUGGGCUUGUUGGCACUUUUCGUUCUUUGACUUUUUGCUUUUGCACUUUUGUUUUUAGAAUUAGUCUGCCUUUUGGUGUGCAUGGCAUUGACUGUAUUGAAAUGAUGGCUUUUCAAGAUAUUUUGUAGCAUGGAAUGGUUUCUUCCAUUAAUCUAGUGCUUCUUAUGACCCUACAUGUUUUCUGCAUAAACACACACACAAAAGAAAAAUCUCUCGUAAUUACUAUUAGAUUUUUUUCAUUGGCUCAAGUUCUUUAAACCUUGUGCUUUAAUCAAAAUGCCUUCAACUUUGACUUUGAUGGUUUUCUGUUGUAGUAAUGAGGGGGUUUUGUUGAUCUUCUAUAAACAGUAUUAGAAAGAUCCAUUUGGCCUAAAAGUAAUCACCCUAAUUCAGAUUCUGACAUUUAAUAAAUGAUGGCAGAAGGAUAAACUUUGGGUGAACUGUCUCUUUAAAAAGAGAGACUGGCUUAGGCAAUCUGAUGUGGCUAACCACACAAAAGAUCCCUGCUAACAGUAAACCCAUAGAUGUAUAUGCAUAGAUGCCUCAUUAGCAGCUGUCUAUAUUGUUGUGAACACUCGAGAGCAAGGUGACUGUUGUGAAUUUUUCUGUCUGCAAUAGCAGAUGAUUUUGCUAAACUAAUUGAAUACAAGACAAAAGCGUUAUCUAAUGCUGAGUUCAGACUGCAUGACUAUUUGGGGUAGCGUCCUGUCUGUGCUGUAUUAACACUGUAGGAUGGAUCGGCGACAGGGGGUUUUACACUGCAUGACUUUUUAAAAUAGAAAUAAUCUGUGCCAACUUUGUCCAACCUACAUCUUACAACCAAACACACUGGUGAAGUGAUAUAGAAACAAUGUGAGGUCACGUAAUAUAUAUUUCGUUAUUAAUUACACAAUGGAAAAAGAAGACUUUAGUGAGCAGGAAAUGUACUUAUUUUGCUCACCUGGCACAACAGAAUGCUAGUUUGAAAACUUGAACUGUUGGCAUAAUGACUUGUGGCAUCUAUGCAUAUACAGCUGUAGUGUAAAUGCUUUCUAAAUAUGCACUUUAGCUUAAAAUUUGAUAUAAACAAUGUUCAUUUUUUUCUUUCAAUUUAACAAUACAGUCUUGAGCAACGAAAGUAUUUAUCAGUGCACGUUUACAGCUAAGAUGGGUGCAUGGGAAUGCUCUGAGCACUAACUUCUUUGUAUUUAUUAAAAAGACAGUAGCUUUCAUUACUUAAGAGUUACCAUGCACUUUUGUCUUGUAAAUGAAAAAAAAAAGAAAAAAAACAAUCCAAGCCCUCAUUACAAAAUCAACAGUCAUUUAGUUUAGACUAAAUGUUUAUCAUGUAUUUCAUAAGCAUAGCAAACCACUUGUAUGUACAAGAAACGUGAGAGCACUUGAUAAGUGGGGUUUAGUUUGUGUUACUGUGCCUUUAAUUGGAAAAAAAAAAGAGUCAUUUUUCAUCUGAGAGGUCACUGCCUUUAGUUUUUAGUUGAGGUAAUUGUAGUACUCUCUCUCUCACAUUAGCUGACAUCCAGCAGACCACUGUAUUGCUCCUUCUGCAUGUCUGUGGCCAGCAUGUAGCAAUAGCAUCUGUACUUUGAGUGGUGUGUUUCAUCCCUCUCUGAUUGUGAGCCAUGAUUGUACUGGUUUGAAUGAGAGUGAAUGUACACACGAGCAGAUUAACUAAGUCUCUUGCGCCCUCUAGAGUCAGCUGAACUUCACGGUUUAAUUUAUUUAACAUUAUUAUUAUUAUUACUACUACUUCUUUCAUUGUUAAUAUUAUUUGAAAGGCUAUGAGUUGGUGUUGGGUGGAAAGGAUUAUGUUACACAACGUGCUUUUUGAAAAUUUGACUUUGGUGAAUUUUUGUAAAAUACUAAUACACAGAGCAGUUAUUGUGGUGAUUGCCUUUUUGUUCUCAACUAAAUACUCUCUCAAUGUUUGUAUUAAACUGGAAAGGUUAACCACCUCUUACUGCUUUGUAAAAUGUACAAUCUGACCUCAGGUCAUAGGCAGAGACCACUUCAAGCCCUUGUUAGUUUCUCUGUCUAACAGAGGCUCUCCAACCAGCUUCCUUUCUGUGCUUUGAAGUCCACCUUCAUCUCCAUGAAAGAUAAGGGCCGUGUUACUGCAUCCGGCAGUAGUGGAGCACUCGAGUUUUCCUCUGUCCACUCGUGGUGAGGUGAACUGUCCAAGUGGUCCUUGUCACGGUUUUGUCUUCUAGAGGUAAGGAAAGCGUCUCUGACUCUUUCCUUCACCUCUCUUCCUUUUUCAAAUCUGUGACUAUAUUUAAAGCUGAUUUGCACUUUGUGGUUUUCUUUUUAACUUGGUUUGAUUAAUGCUUGUUCUCGUCUUUAACUGAAAUGUUUCUGAUUCUUGUUCUGUAAUUCUUGUUCUUGUUAUAAACCUUAAAGCACACACACAGAGACACACACACACCACUAUUAAGGGCUUUAAAAAAACAAAAUCAGAAUGUUUUUGCUGCUGUUGCAAAAAAAAAAAAAAUACAAAUAUUAAACAGGAAAAAAGAAAAAAAAAACAUUUUAUUGAAUUGUUUGUAAUAUUUUUGAAUAACUGUGAUUUGUACAAAAUGGAGCAAAAAAGGGUUGAAAAAAGUUGUUUCAGUAUUUUAAUGUUUGCUUGGCUUUUAAUAAAACUAAACCAAACUCUUUGAA